GAGGAUGCUGAGGCAGAUUUGGAGAGGCUGCGAGCUUCAUCGUCUCUAGAACUGUACGGCAUCAACAUUCAGUAUCCUUGGAAUCGGCUCAUCCUGGCCGGGGUGAAAACCAUCGAGGUCUGCAAAUAUCCGCUUGGCAGGAACCGCAGUUUCAUUGAGGACCAUGACCUAUUUCUCAUCGAGACUCCGGGCCGGCGUUCCACGCAAGAUGCUGACUGCCUCUUGGAGCGGGGCUACAAGCUCAGCCCAGAGCUCAUCGGCCGCAUGGAGCAGGAGCAGCUUGGCGAGCAAGCCACAAAUGCAGGCUUGCGUGGCAGAUACGAUUGGAUGCAUCUGGUUGACCGUCCCAUCUUCGGCUGGGUGGUGGGCGGCGCGAAGGAAGUGGAACCCAUGCUUGCCGACACGAAGACAAUGCUCAGGCUGAAGGGCCACUUCGCCCAGUGUGGAGAAGUCGCCUACGCUGGCGUCUUCGGGCCUGGCGAGGUCUGGAUGGCCACGCCCGCUGAGGCUGAGGAGGCAGUGAACCAGCUCAAUGGUGCCGAGGUUGAUGGCCAGGAGAUCUCCGUGCGGAUCGAUGAGACAUCGAACGAUUUCCGAAAGCUGAUUGUAAACUUCCUGCCGCCACACGUGCAGUGGCAGGAGCUCAAGGACCUUUUCCGCACCGUGGGGGAGGUCAAGCAUGCGGUCCGCGCCAGAUGA